AAGUGGAGCGGGCGGCAGCUCCUGCAGGCGCGUGAGCAGAACGCGAGUGACGUUCCAGAGGAUGGGGGGCAGCUCUACAUCAGAAACUGCACUGAACCAGCUCUCCAUGAAUUCCCCAAUGACAUCUUCACGAACGAGGACAGGAGACAUGGAGCAGUUGUCCUGCACGUCCUCUGUGCUGUGUACAUGUUCUACGCGCUGGCAAUCGUCUGCGAUGACUUCUUCGUCCCUUCGCUGGAAAAGAUCUGUGAACGCUUGCAUCUCAGUGAAGAUGUGGCUGGGGCAACUUUCAUGGCAGCAGGAAGCUCUGCUCCUGAGCUGUUCACAUCUGUCAUAGGUGUUUUUAUCACAAAAGGAGAUGUAGGCGUUGGAACCAUCGUGGGCUCGGCUGUAUUCAACAUCCUCUGUAUUAUUGGUGUGUGUGGGCUUUUUGCAGGACAGGUUGUUGCGCUGUCGUCGUGGAGUCUCUUGAGAGAUUCCAUCUACUACACGCUGUCUGUUGUUGCACUCAUCGUGUUUAUUUAUGAUGAAAGAGUUUCCUGGUGGGAGUCCUUAGUCUUAGUGCUGAUGUACAUCAUCUACAUCUUCAUAAUGAAGUACAACUCAACCAUACAUCACUUCUUUGAGAGGAAGACAAAAAACUCUGCAAAUAUGGUGAAUGGUUUAGCAAGUAACACAGAGAUGGACGACAACAGCAACUGUGAUGCCACAGUGGUGUUACUAAAGAAAGGAAAUUUCCACCGUAAAGCCUCAGUGAUCAUGGUUGAUGAGCUGCUCUCUGCCUACCCACACCAGCUUUCAUUUUCCGAGGCUGGGCUCCGGAUCAUGAUAACCAGCCAUUUCCCUCCCAAAACACGUCUCUCCAUGGCCAGCCGCAUGUUAAUCAAUGAGAGACAGAGGCUGAUCAACAGCAGGACUUACACCAACGGUGAGUCAGAAGUAGCAAUCAAAAUACCCAUCAAGCACGUGGUGGAGAACGGAACAGGCCCCAGCAACUCUGCUGAGCGUGGCGUGAACGGCACGCGGCGCGACGAGGACGUGGCCGAGGCCAGGAACGAGAACGAGAAUGAGGACAACGAGAACAACGAAAACGACGAGGAAGAGGAUGAUGAUGAUGACGACGACGAUGACCAUGAAGGGCCAUACACGCCUUUUGACCUCCCCACUGGCAAGAUAGAAAUGUUGAAGUGGGUCUUCACAUGGCCCUUGAGUUUUGUCCUGUACUUCACAGUGCCCAACUGUAACAAACCCCACUUGGAAAAAUGGUUCAUGGUCACCUUUGCUUCUUCUACCCUGUGGAUUGCAGCUUUUUCUUACAUGAUGGUGUGGAUGGUGACAAUCAUUGGGUACACACUGGGAAUUCCAGACGUGAUCAUGGGCAUCACUUUCUUGGCAGCAGGAACCAGCGUGCCAGACUGCAUGGCCAGCCUUAUCGUGGCCAGGCAAGGUAUGGGGGAUAUGGCCGUGUCCAACUCCAUUGGAAGCAAUGUUUUUGAUAUUUUAAUUGGCCUGGGCCUUCCAUGGGCUUUGCAGACCCUAGCAGUGAAUUAUGGAUCAUAUAUUCGGUUAAACAGCAGAGGACUUAUAUAUUCUGUUGGUCUCCUGCUGGCAUCAGUUUUUGUCACAGUUUUUGGUGUCCACCUGAACAAAUGGAAACUGGAUAAGAAGCUAGGGUGUGUGUGCCUUUCCCUUUACGGCAUCUUCCUGUGUUUCUCCAUCAUGACAGAAUUCAAUGUUUUCACGUUUGUGAACUUGCCAAUGUGCAGAGAUCACUAACCCAGGUGGCAGACUGUCGGGAGGAGCUUCCUUUUUACCUGUGCAAUACAAGCCACGGCUGGCAUUUCCUGGAUGCAGUGCACCUCCAAGUCGUGACCUAUAUCCUGUCACUGUUCAUAGGACCCGUGGCCCCGUCUAGGUUUGCCCUCUCCCUGGCCCCCACAACCUGGAACAAUCCUUCAUCGAUGUGAAGAGCUUUUUUUUCAACAUCCAUGUGAUUUCCUUGCUCAG